UAAAUUGACGUACAGAGAGUUAGUUCGAGGCAGCAUGCCCUUCUUUCACGUCGGAGUGAGUGAGUCGAUCAGGGACGGAUCCCACAAUAUGCAGAUGGCCAAGGAGUACCUGGAUCUGACCGAUCACGACUCAGAGGCCGUAUCGCAACUCGACAUUGCAGCUCAACGAGCCGGGGUCGAGUUCUACGAGGUCUUCGCUCUUCGAGGCAUCCGAGUCGACCGAGUCGAACCCGGACUCGUCGUUUGUUCUUUUAAGGUCCCUCCCCGCCUCACCGACAGAGCUGGAAAUUUUGCCACUGGUGCAAUUGCAAACCUUGUUGAUGUAGUUGGUAAUUCUACAGUUUAUUGUCUCGGUCGCCCUAUGAAUGUUUCAAUAGACAUGUCCAUCUCGUAUAUGUCAAAGGCAAAGAUCGAUGAUGAAUUAGAGAUCACCUCAAAGAGGUUAGGACAAAGAGGACGUUAUUUUGGAACAAUAGUGGUGCUGAAAAACAAAGCAACUGGGGAGAUUAUAGCUGAAGGUCGACAUUCAUUGUUUCGUUCAAAUUUUGUUCCCAAACUCUGAGUCCUGCCUUUUCUCACACAGACCUAUAAAUGAACUCUAAGCUCUGGGGGGAAUGAUCCCCAUUUAGAUUAGACUCUUGUAAUUAAUUAUUAGAUUGUAUAAAUAUGUAGAUUCUUGGCAUUUGGCAAUGUUGUUGAUCAAAUGAACAAUUGAUAUGGAGCUAAAUCUUUCCCACUGAAUCAUUCAUA